AUGACUGCGGUAGUUGGUGAACUAAUCAAAGACAAGUUUACAAUUAUAGGACGUGUUUAUAAACCUUGUCACAUUGUUGAGGAUAUGAGGAAAGAGUACGACGUAAAUAUAAGUUACGAUAAGGCGUGGUGUGCAAAGGAAACUGCUUAUGCUCUCGUUAGGGGUACUUCAGAAGAGUCGUACACUAUUUUACAUGCAUAUGGUGAAGCGUUAAAAAUGGGGAAUCCAACUACAAGGUUUGAAAUCGAACUUGAAAAUGAUGUGCAUUUCAAGUACAUGUUUAUGACAUUAGGGCCUUGUAUUAGAGGUUUAGCAAGUUGUCGGCCUGUGAUAAUUGUUGAUGGAUCACAUUUGAAAGGAAAAUACAAUGGGACCAUGUUGGUCGGUGUUUCCAUGGACGGUAACAACCAAGUAUAUCCACUAGCAUAUCCUAUAGUGGACAGUGAAAUUGAUAGAGCUUGGAAAUGGUUUAUGUCAAAUUUGAAAUGUGCCAUUGGAGAACCCUCUAACUUGGUGUUUGUGUCCGAUCGAGCGGUAUCUGUUGACAAUGCCAUUCAUGCAGUUUUUCCUACGACAUUUCAUGGAUUGUGCACAUAUCAUAUAGAAAAUAAUAUUCUUUCCAACUUUAAGGAUAGUAUGAUUAUUGGGAUGUUCAAGGAUGCAACCAAGGUAUUUUGCAUGUCAGAUUUCCAAUCACACUGGGACCAACUCCGUACUUUUUGA